UCCGCGUGGCUUUUACUCACUCUCGGGCUGCAAUCUUUCCUUACUUGACAGUAUGCGCCACUGAAUACAGUAAGACCAAGUAAACGCACGGAAUGCACUAGCAGCGUCCAAAACGGAGAUUGCGAACCAAACCUAACAUCAAGGAGAAGCGUUUCUGAUCUUUCUAGCUCUCCUGGAAUCACCAUUUCCCUUUGCCUUUUAACGCCCUUUCAAAGAACACCGGGGGGGGGGGCUGCGUAGCCCUCUGCCUUUGCCUUCUCUCCCUCUACCUAGCUGUUCUCUCGAUGACGCCCGUGACGCCUCAGCCAAUAGCAGGCAUAAUUUCUAAACAUUGCGCCUCUGAUUGGAGCGCGGGGAGAUGUCGAGAUGACGAUUUUUGAAAUCAGAGCGGGCGCCGCCGCUGCUUCGAUCAGCUCGGUGCGUUGCUGUGUGGCCGGUUCUUAACGUGCUUCGACAGAUCGCGCUGCGGCUGGACGAGCCGGACACCGUUUCGAGAGAGGCCGCUGUGGCGAGCCAGGCCAUCCUGAAGAUGUUGGACUUGUUAAACUUGGAAGUGCUCUGCAAGAAGAAAGUCUCUGAGUUCUUGCAGAAUGUGGACAACACAGACCUUGUGUGGCUGGAAGAAAUUAAAGUAGAGGCUUUCAAGAUGUUCAGUGGUAGUUCUGAUGGAGAACCAGAACUGAUGCCAAAAACACCAUCACAGAAGAAUCGCCGGAAAAAGAAGCGGCAUUCUUCUGCUAAGAGAUUCUCAAAAAGAUGUAGUAACCAGUCGCAGACUUCCAUACGCAGUUCCCAAAGACUUCGCAGUUCCCAAAGACUUCAGCGCAAAAAGGAUUUGGAAACUGGAAAGGCUGACAAAGACAAAGAGAACGUCUACCCUUAUCGUAUGACUAGAUCUCGGGUUGCCAUGUCUACCGGGCUGCCAAAUACUGCUCUUAAGAUCCCAACUAUUGACUUGGCCAGAGGGCAAAUACCACUGGUAGAGAUCAAUGCUGAUGAGAGACACAGUGCAGAACUGCAUAUGGAAAAAGCAGCACCUCAGACAGAGAAGGUUGCUUUUGCCUUUGUAUUGCCGCCUGAUGAAUCCCACAAUAAGAAAUCACAACCUUUGUCUAAAGCUUCUUUACUUGUGGUCCCAGACACCCCUGAAGCAAAAAUACCAAAAGACGGGCGGGAGGCAUGCAAGUUGAAAAUAGCAAAUGUAGCCAUUGCCAAGCCCACUGAAAAUGAAACUUUGGGCACUCCCAAGGAGAAAUUACCUGCUCCGCAACAAGAGAAGAGCCAGUCUCCCAAAAUGGAAGCAACUCACAACUUAAAUGAGAAUCCACAGACUCCCACAGCUCCAAAAGCAAGCUGUCAUUCUGUACGUCGAAGUCUAAUGGGCAGGAGCUCCAUGUCUACUCGAGCCUCCCUGAAUGAGAGAUGCUCACUGAGUUACCAAAGAGAAAGGAGGACUCUGAGAUCUAUCAGCAAGACUCAGUCGAAGAAGAAAAAAGUUCAGGAGUCACCGCCUGCUUCUGGGCAUGUGAACUGUGAAACUGCUACUGAUGAAAUAGAGGGUGAAGAAAUAAUUGGAUCUAGGCCAGUAUUGGAACCUGUUUCUCAUUCCCAAGAGAUUGAUGAAAACCCUCAGAUGUCCCUUCAUUCUUGCAAGACCAGCGUGCUAGCUAUCAAACCUGCAGAACAGCAGCAAGAAGAGAAAAGCAAAGAGGGCUGCUCUGAAAAGAGUGAUGAGGUUCCAAAACAACCACAGAGUGCCAGGAGAAAGCCAAGCUACAAGAGAGCUGUAAACGAGCUAGAUGAGGGACAGCAAACAGAAGAUGAGCUCUCUCCACCAAGAAAGAAGAUUUUCUCCCCUCAGUUUCCUUCCAGCAAGGUUGUCCGCCCUUUCAAGACAUUCUUACAUACAGUGCAGAAGAAUCAGAUGCUCAUGAUGACUCCUAGCUCUGUGAGCCGAAAUAGCACCAUAAAAUCAUUCCUGAAACAAAACACUCCCCUCCAAACCAACUCCAAGGAAAAGGAAAAACAACGGUUGGAGACUCUACGGAAAAAAGAGCAAGCUGAUCAACAAAGAAAACAGAAAUUAGAGGAAGAGAAAAAGCAGCGGUUGGAAGAGAUGCGACGGAAGCGGGAGGAGCGCCUCCGCAAAGUUCAGCAGUCUCGUGAGCGGGCAGAGCAGAUGGAAGAGGAGAAGAAAAGGCGGCUUGAAAAAAAGCUUGCACAGCAUGAAGAGAAGAAUGAGAAGGCACGAGAAGAAAAAAUGGCUGAAGAAAAGGUGAAAAAGAAGGUAGCUGCCAAGAAGAAGGAAGAACUUGAAGUCCGGCGAAAACAAGAAGAGGAAGCCUCUAAACAGAAGGCUCUGCAGCUGGAGCUGGAAGAGCGUCGACACAAGGAGCUGCUGCAGAAGAAGAAGGAGGAGGAGGAACAUGAGAGAGCCAGGAAGAUUGCAGAGCAGCGCCAGGCGGAGCUGGAGAGGGAGAAAAAGCAAGCUGCUGAGAGAGAACUGGAGAAGAAGAGAGAACAAGAAAAACUCCAGGCACAGCGGGAGCAUGAACGGCAAGAAAGAGAGAAGGCUGCUCGCUUGCAGAAAGAGCUAAUGGCAGCUAAAGAAAAGCUCAGAAAAGAGAUGGAAGAAAAAGCGAAGAGAUUGCAGGAGCAGCAGGAGCAAGAAGAGCAGCCGCAGAAGGCCACUCUGUCUCAGUCGCUAAAGGUUGCUAGUAAACUAAAUGUGACAGUGGACAUAGAGAACUCACCUGCCUGUGAGUCGUACCAGAUGACACCACAGGGUGCAAAACAUCCUAAGGUUGACUUGAAUAAUUACGGGAUGGAUUUGAACAGUGACGAUUCAACAGAUGAUGAGAGUCAGCCCCGCAAGCCCAUCCCAGCUUGGGCUACUGGAAAUCAACUAAGCCAAGCCAUCAUACAACAAUAUUACAAGCCACCUGACACAAAUGCACUUUUUGGAGUUGUGAAGAGCCCCAAACUGGAAGAAAUUUUCAAUAAGAGCAAGCCACGUUACUUCAAGCGUACUAGUUCGGCUGUGUGGAACUCUCCGCCAUUCCCAAGUGGCAAAUCCAUACCAUAUUCUCUCAAGGGAUGCUGAAGAGGUCUUUAGAGUGACACUGUGUAUGUGUGUGUGUUAGUAUUUUUGUGCAGGGGGGAGAUACUGCUUUUAAACUGUUCUUAACCUUAUGUAUAAAUGUUCCUUAUGAAUAAAUGUUAUGCUUUCUUGGAGCUCUUAA